GUGUCCGUAAUCACUACCAGUUUUCCACCGAAGACGACGAAGAGGAGAUCGACGAAAAAUGUCUUCGGUGCCCGACGGCAAGAAGCUGGUCCGCAGCCCAAGCGGCCUACGCAUGGUGGCUGAGAACGGAGCCUUCAACAGUCCAUUCUCCCUGGACGAACCCAGAUGGGUGCCCGACAAAGAAUGUCAAAAAUGUAUGCAGUGCGAAACCAAGUUUGACUUCAUCAAGCGCAAGCACCACUGCCGGCGUUGCGGUCGCUGCUUCUGCGACAAGUGCUGCGGCAAGAAGGUGGCGCUGCCCCGCAUGAGCUUCGUGGACCCGGUCAGGCAGUGCUCCCAAUGUGGCCUGCUCUCGCAAAAGGAGAGCGACUUCUACGACAAGCAGAUCAAAGUGCUCGUGGCAGGAAGUCCCUUCCUGGUCACUCUGGGAACGUCCGACAAGUGUGCAACCAUGACCUCCCGCCUCUCCAACAACCACAGGUACUUGUUCCUGGACGGCGAAAACAACUUUGAGGUGGAGUUGUCUCGCAUCAUCAGCAUACAGGUCCUGACAGACGCGACCAAUCCCACAGGCACAUCCCCGCAUGUCGUGGGUAUGCUCGUCAAGUACAAGCCGUCUGGCUCUCAGGAAGUUGAGCUGCUGCGACUGGACGCCACCUCCAGCGAAGAAGAGAAGAAGGUGGCCGAGUUGUGGCUGCUGGCCAUGCACAAGGUCCGCCAACCACAUCCAAUCGGGGCACCCGCC